AUGAAUCCUUCGUACCCCACGAAUGCUACGCAAGCCAAAGACAAGCUAUAUGGGCAACUAGCCACCAGCUUUAAAAACAUGUCUCGCGCUGUUGGUCGAACAGCGGAUCUGUUUGAACAGUUACAAGCAGACCUGGACGCAAUGAGGGUACUUGCUGGUACACACGCCGCUCAGUUUAUGACGGUCGCCGCUGAGCUAAUCCCUGAGUCUGCGGAGGAUGGUGCCUCUCAACCGGGCUCGGACAGAUAG